CGUUGAGAUCCUCCUUGACCACCAUCACCCACUAUCCACCACGACGAUACAGCAGUGCUUUGUCUUCUCUCUCUGCCGGCUCUCUAAAAGUUAAUUCUUCUCGGGAGUCUGUUUGGACAUUCUUUCCUUAAAACUAUAUCUUCCCUAUAAAAUGGGUAAAUGGACUUCUGACUAUUGCGAUGAUAUCUUGAACACAAAAAUUAAAAGCCUUGUAUCCGGGGCUAUCAAACGUGCGAUGCUGGAGAAAGAGAAGACGGAACCCACUAUCAGUUACCGGGAUUUUGUAGAGGAAUUGGAACCAGGGGACUCCUUCACAGCCUCUAUCAUCGAUAUAAUGGUCAAGGAAUUGGCUGACCGCCGGAGCCGGCAAAACUUAAGCGAUCGUAAACUCAUAGCUGAGCGUACGGCCAAGAGCCUUCGAGCAUUGACCAUGGACUAUAAGAUUAUUCGUCGUCGAUCUAUUGCUCGCAGGCCGAUGUUGUCCGAAUAUUUGACUUCGCCACCAGCCCGGGUAGUUGACAUGGACGACGACGAUGAAUUUGACCAUCUACUUGAUCCCAUGUCAUCGACCAUGGAAGGUGUUCGAAUCAACUCCAAUCUUUACGAUGCGUAUGGCAAUGACAGCUGGAACGAUGGAUGGAUUGGCUCCACUGGUGCUCCUACCGUUGUCCGACAUCGCAGCCCUACUCCAACUGACGUUCUUUCCGGGUCCGAUCCCCAAGUUCAGUCACCUCCUCCAGCAGACGUUCGUCGUAAUAGUACAUCCUCAUCAAUGUUGUCUUCCAUCACCUCGUCGCAUACAUCGCCCAGCAGAGUGCCAUCCAUACGCCGCCCCUUUCGUUCAAGAACCGUCGAUUUCAAUGAGUUUACCUCCCGCCGUCGUUCAACCAUACGUGACAGCCUCAGACAGUCACUAGGAAUUCUCUCGGAGAGUCCUGAACCCAGCCAUAUCACAGACUCCAGAGAAAGAGAAUCAGCCUGGCCUCCAUCCUCUUCCUCUGCUCGGCGAUUUUUUCCCCUUCCCAGACGAGGCAGACUCCGCGAUUCACCUCCGGCAGAAAUAAUAGAUAUUGUCGAGGAAAACGGUGAACCCAGGUCUGCCCUACCUUCAAGCCGUUGGUACCCUUUUCCUACCCCUGUAACAUCUCGUUCUCCUGUAAGCAUGCCUACCACAGAAAUUAGUGAGGAAAGAACCUUGGCUGUGCCGAGGCUUCGUCGUGGUGGUGUUCGAGCUCCCGAGUCCAUGCUUUCUCGUCAUGCCUCCCCUCUUGCCGAUAUCGGUACACUUCCUUCUCCCGUGUCCCUGGGUGACACCGCAGAUAUUGGUGAUGGAGACCGAGCUCGCUCCGGCUUGUCCGUACCACCAGAGACUGAAAAUUAA